GCGGCUCGCCCGUCACUGUGAACCGGACGGUUGGCUUCCGGUACGUCGCCCUCGUCACCGGCAACGACACCGACCCCUCCUUCGUCGCGCGGGCGAGCGGGCGCGAGGGGAGCGGCUCGCACGGCGCGCCGCUCACCGUCAUCCCGACGGACCAGCUCGAGGGGCGCUGGUCGGCGGCGGCGCACGCAGAGAUGGUCUCGUCGGCGGCGGCGGCGCGCUUCAACAUGCUGCGCGUGUGGGGCGGCGGCGCCUUCCUACCCGACGCGUUUUACGACGCGUGCGACGCACGCGGUUUGCUCGUGUACCACGACAUGCAGUACGCCCAGUCGGGCCAUUCGCCAAAGGCCACCCCUGCGCGGGAGGCGGAGCUGGGGCGAGCGGCGACCGCGACGCAGGAGGCGGAGCUGAGGCACGCGGUGCGCCGCCUCGCGAGCCACCCGUCGAUCGCGGUGUGGGACGGGUGCAACGAGUGCCAGGUGGUGAUGGGGACGCCCACCGGUGUGUACGCCACAUUCGUGAUGACCGUGGUGGCGAGCGAGGACGCGUCGCGUGCGGUGUGGCCCUCGUGCCCCGCCGCGGGCUGGAGCAGCGGCGUGCGGCUGCUCGACGCGCUCCCAACCGGCCGCCCCCUCGUCACGCCGAAGUCGCGCUCGCGCAUCGAGACGCACGGCCCCUACCAGCACGGCAGCGGCUUCGCCGCCGUCAACGGGGCCUCGCGCCUCGCUCUCUUCCCGCCCAACCUGCCGAUCAAGCUGCCGGACGCGGCGCCCACCGGCCCGGCGCACCCGAACGUGUUUGCCUCCGAGUUUGGCGCGGUCGCCAUGUCCUCUUUCGAGUCGAUGGCUCCGACGCUCGCGCCCAAGCACUGGGGCCUCCACGCGGGCCAGCGCAGCGACAACUGCAGCGGCGGCUUCGAGCGGCGGUGCGAGGGGGAGAAUGUGAUGGCGGAGCGCAACUACCCGUGCGACAACAUGAUCGAGGUCUACUUUGGACGCGCGCCGGCGGGCUACCUCGACGCCACCGGCGAGGCGGUCUUCCGGCGGCAGCUCUACCAGUGCCUCCUCGCCCAGGCGCGCCGCCGCCCGGACCACCGCGUGCCCGCCAGACGGACUCGCCGGGCCGCGCCGCGUCAGCGCGCGCGCCCGCUGCAGGCGCUCAACGUCAAGUCCAACAUCGAGGCGCGCCGCGCGAGGAACGAGCUCGGCAUCCUGGUGUGGCAGCUCAACGAGAUCUGGCCGACGGGCGGCUGGGGCUCGCUCGAGUACGGCACCCCGGUCGCGGGCCAGGUGCUCGGCGGGCGGUGGAAGCCACUGCACUACCUGUACGCGCGCUCCGUCUUUGCGGACGUGGUCGCGGUGUGCGGCGAGGGCGGCGCCUGCUACGUCAAAAACGACGGGCCGCGCCCCGUCGCCGGCCGCAUCGCCGUCCGCGCGCUGGAGUUUGCCAGCGGUGUCGUCACCCCCUUGGCCGCAGUCGCCGUCGCGCUUCCCGCGGGCGCCGGCGCGAGCGCCCGCUUCGAGAUUGACCUGAGCGCGUUCGACGGCUCGACGCACCUCCUCAUUGCGGAGUGCAUCGACGACUCGGGCGCCGUCCUGUCGACCAACGAGAUGCUCUUUGCGCCCCCGAGCCAGCUGCAGCUGCCGACGGCGGUGGUGAGCGCCGGCGUCGCCGAGGCCCCCAACGCGGACGGCUCGAUCGACGUGGUGGUGAGCGCGAGCGCGACGGCGCUCUACGUCGUCCUGACCAGCCUGGCGCAGGGCCGCUUCAGCGACAACGCCUUUGCGCUCCCGCCGGGGACGGCCACUGUCCGCUUCCUGCCCACCGGCGCGCUCGACCGGUCGCUGCUGGUCUCCUCGCUGCGCGCGGAGCACCUGCAGGCAAACCUGAUGCCGGCGCCUGCGGCGCGCCCCUACGAGCGGCCCCGGGCACAUCUGGCGGCAUGA